AUGAAGAUCCUCCUCAUCUUCUUCACCUUCUACCUGAUCUCAGAUACCUGUACAUUGAAUGUGUAUAAAGUGAGCAGCUACUCAGGAGGUGGUCUGAUGAUCAAGUGUGAACAUCCUCAAUACAAAACCAAACCAAAAUACAUCUGUAAAGAAUCAGACGGAUGUUCAGAGAGGAAGAAUCCAGGAGUUCAGGAUACAUGGAUGGAGAAUGGAGAUGUUUCUUUAUAUGACGACACCAGAGCAGGAGUCUUGAUGGUGUUUUUUAGAGAGCUGAAAGCUGCAGAUGCAGGAACAUACAGGUGUGGAGUGAAAGAAUCUGACUAUACUGAGAGCUUCACUGAACUACAGCUAAGCGUCAAACACGACGCAAAAAAUCCAAACAGCAUGACUGAGUCUGCUCAUCCUGGUGGAGAAGUCAACAUCUCCUGUAAGAUCCCAGAGAAACAUAAAGUUCAUUUCUGUAAAGAGGAUAAUAAUCACAUCUGCCAGAACAUCAGCUCAUCUAAAGUGACAGAAAUGAGUGGUUCAUCAGAGAGAAAUGAAGAGAGAGUUGUUACAGUGAGCAUCAGUAAUGUGAGUGUGAGCGAUGCUGGAGUUUACUGGUGUGGAGCAGAAACCAGAGACACAUAUCUGACUUUCAUCUCCCUGACCACUAAAAUACAGCUCAACCUCAUCAUGCCUCCAGUAGUGAGACGUGAAGGAGAAUCUACAACUGGUCCCUUUAUGACAGAGAUCACAGGUUUCUCCAUGAUCAUCAUUAUUAGUGUGUGUGUGAUUCUGCUGCUGAUCGCUGGAUUCACUCUGACUGUGUGCACAUUAAGACACAAGAGACGAGGCGACGCUCACUCACAGUCACCCACAAUCCCCUCUGAUGGACUCCUGUACACUGCUGUCAGUUUCCAGAAGCAUCCAGAAGAGUCUCUCAGUGACGCUACAGUCAGAUUCAGUAAGAAUGAGAUUCACUCUGAUUACACCACGAUCAGUCAUUGCGUGAGACUCAACUAACUAUAACAGAUCACAGAUCAUCACAUUACCAAGGAUAUUUUAAAAACAGACACUGUUUUUUUUUUUCUUUUCUUUUAUAUUUGUUACAUUUACAUUUAAUUUUUAAAAAUGUUGAAACAUAUGUUUUUAUUGAUCAGAGUAGAGUUGUUCAGUUCAGCGAAUCAUGAGACACUUUAAAGUUUCCGCUGCUGAUCAUGUUGCUUCUUUCACAUGUUUAAAAUAGUUUGUCAUCUCAGUUUAUCUGAGGGUGUGG